CGUACCGUAACAUCCAUGUCCCGCGCCGCAGGGUAUUAUUUGCACUCACUUCGUCUUCUGUUUCCCAAAUCGACGAUCAAAUUCAAAUCGGCAACCUCCGUAUUGAUUCCCUCUGCUCCGAUUGAUUCAAUGUCGCUGCUUAACCAACUCUUCAACCGUGGCAUCUUUGGCGCCAAAUGCAAGACAAGCUUGAAUCUGGCAAUUGCUCGGAUGAAGUUGCUGCAAAACAAGAGAGAUAUGCAGCUUAAGCAUAUGAAGAAGGAGAUAGCUCAGUUCUUGCAAGCUGGACAAGAACCUAUAGCUCGAAUCAGGGUGGAGCAUGUGAUCAGAGAACUGAAUUUAUGGGCUGCUUAUGAGAUACUGGAGCUGUUCUGCGAGUUUGUACUUGCUCGUGUUCCAAUUCUUGAAAGUGAAAAGGAAUGCCCUAGAGAGUUGAGAGAGGCUGUUGCUAGUAUUAUCUUUGCUGCUCCAAGGUGCUCUGAAGUGCCUGAUCUUGUGCAAAUUAAGAAUCUGUUUGGUACAAAAUAUGGAAAAGAAUUUAUCAUGGUUGCUUCUGAGCUUCGUCCGGAUUCUGGUGUCAAUCGUACUAUCAUUGAAAAGCUUUCUCCAACUAGUCCAUCGGGAGAAGCAAGGCUCAAGAUGUUGAAGGAUAUUGCGCAGGAGUACAGUUUGAAUUGGGAUUCUUCUGCCACGGUAGCAGAGUUCAUGAAGAGUCAUGAAGAUCUACUGGGGGGAGCUAAGCAAAUGCAUCGUCAAGAUGGUAUCUCUGAACCUCAGCCAUCCCAGCACGGCUACACUCAGUCUUCAGUUUCUAGGGAAGUUGAAAGUCUGCCUGCAGAGGCCACACAGAGAUUCCAAAAGCUUCAAGCUCAAAACCCAGCGAGCAAAAACAUGUCAUCAUCUAAAUUGACUUCACCUUCUCAAGUACCUCCUGAUACUAGACGGGAUCAGACUGACGUAAUGGAGAGAGCUCGGGCUGCUCUAGCUAGCGCUGAUCGUGCAACAGCAGCUGCUCGUGCUGCAGCGCAACUAGUGAAUGUAUCUUAUGGGGUUACUGGACCCACAGUAGCAGCAACAGAAGGGAAAUCCUUGACAUGAAUGUAGUUGCUACGUCAUAUUUGUGAAUAAAAGCAAUUGUAUUUGCUUCAUAGUUCAUACAGUGUGAGAAGGAUAACGUUGUUUUCUUGGGUGCAUGCAUAGGUUUGGGAAUGAGUAUGCUAAAGUGUUGUGACUUGUGAUUCUUUUGUAACUUAUCUUUUUUAGGGUGUUUGGUCAACUAAACUCGGGUGGAUUCUGUAGUCAAUCUCUCAAUGGUGUUAAAUGUGACCACCGUAUCAACCAUA